GGGAAUGCUCGCUACGCCCUGGCCUCGUAGAGUCACGCUCUCUGGCUUAACGUGUAAUAUGUAUGGGCAUGGUUUCCCAAUUCACGCGUGUUUCCUUCCCUCAGAUUCAUAAUCCAUAUGCUGAAGAGCAGCUCACGACACGCUUCCAUAGUCAGUCCGUGGUUGCCUCAAUAUGAGGGUCUUACACUCUUUCAAUCGCCUGCUGCGCAGCUUUCUAGUCCUUGGCCUUUUAGCGGGCGCCCUCACCUCGGCGUAUCUUGAUUCGUUCUUGCGCGGUCUGCAGUCGAAUCUGCUCAGAAGGAGUAUUCCAGCAUCUCUCGCAACAGCGCCUCAAGGUGCAGUAGGCUACUAUCAGCCCCCUCCGGGUCCUGCUGUCGACUACCCUUACCAUGUUGAAACAACCUCUGUCCCUUCAGCCACGACAACAGAUGCGGGAUUACCGACAGGAGGAUCAUCCAAAGAGGGAUAUUCCGGCACCAAUGGGCCACGAAAGAACAUUGCUCUUGUAUCAGGAACAGUGACUGGGACAGUGACUGGGACCCAUGUGAUCAUGGAAGCGACACAAUCGGCGAUGGCGAAUAGAGACAUGAUCUUGGGCUCUGGAGGCUUCUUGCUCUCAAUUAUACUGGGUGUACUGCAAAUUUGAAUAUAAACGUGUAUCAUAGAGCUGUGUGCUUAAUGUUCAUUUCACUUGAUUCCCAAUUGUCGAUCAAUGCUGGGGUCCAUAACUAAAUCAUUUGUUCGGUACUAAAAUAUCUCUGCUAUACAUAUGGUGAAGGAUGAACGUAGACUGACUACCAUAGUAGCCCCUGUUCACGGCUUAGAAGGAAUUUGCCACGUGCUAGCUCGAUGAUAUGCACAUGGUAGCGGCACCGCAUAAAUUCAAGGCAUAACAGUCGUGACCAGCUAUG